CUGAAAACUAUAUAGGUGACCCCUCUCACUUCUGGGAGCAGUGCAGUAAGUGUUACAGUCUGGUCCCCAGUCUUUUUCUCUGUUUCCUUACUACGAUUCCAACUGAAAACGCCACCAUGGUAACCCCGCAGCUGGUUCAAAUUACACUUUCGGACGAGGAACGCGCUAUCAAGAAGCUCUCUUCUCAUAACCUCCAAGCGGCUCUUGAAGGCCUUCAUCGAGAUGGCGCUUGUGUUAUCACCAACGGCGUUGACCCUGCCCAUCUCGACAAGCUGAACGAGCGCAUGGUCCCUGAGGCCAAGACUCUAUAUGACAACCCGCAAACCCACCGCAACUUUGGCUCCCGUACAGGAAAUAUCCAGCAAGAGCCAGUCGUCGACCCGAACUACAUGUUCGAGGAUGUCAUUGCAAACCCCUGGGCAACUGCCAUCACCGAAUGCAUGCUGGGGCCAAACCCACACCUACGUUUCUACAGCGCCAAUACAGCCUUCAAAGCCGAGGACCGGCAACCGGUGCAUGUCGACGUGCACUUUGACUUUCCCAAGAUCCCAUUUGGACUGUGUAUCAAUGUAAAUCUGGUGGCAACCUCCCCGGAGAAUGGCGCCACCGAGCUCUGGCCUGGUAGCCACCGGGACGCCGAUCCUCGAGACAGUGACGACACGGGUGUGAUCCCGGAGAUCGUUGAGGCUCGCCGCAAGAUUUCUCCCCCAGUGCAGCCAUCUCUACCGAAGGGAGCUAUCAUUAUUCGGGACUUCCGGCUGUGGCAUGCAGGCAUGCCGAACCGCACAGAUGACCCGCGUGUUAUGCUCGUGACGAUUCAUUUCCCGGCGUGGUACCGUUCAGACUUGAAGGUCAUACUACCUCGGAGCUUACAAGGCAAGGUAGACUGGGGACAUUUGGUACCGUGCGUUGAGUGGGUGGAUGAGAACUAUGACUAUCUGAAAGGUCGGCAUGAUCAUGAUUUUACACUGCAGCCAUAGAAAGCAGAGGCCGUCCACUUGUCAAUUUAAGUCACCUUGAGAGUACAAAAAGUAAAUGAGC